CUCCUUAUCGCCAUUUGUCCAGAUCACUCCCCAAAAGCACACGACCUUUUGAUUGUUACAUAACGGACUCUCCUUUCCAUUUGCGCACUUUCGCCUUGUUUGCAAAUCCCUCCUUUACAAAAUGCCUACCAUGUGGAUGUCAGAUUCGCAAAAGCUCGGUUUCAUAUUCUGCUCUGGUGGUGGAUUUUUCCUGGUCGGCGGAGUUCUCAUGUUUUGCGAUAGAGCUAUGCUUGCAAUGGGCAAUAUCCUCUUCUUAAUCGGUCUCACAAUAAUAAUCGGACCUCAAAAAACCCUGCUCUUCUUCGCGCGGCGUCAAAAGAUCAAAGGCUCAGCAGCCUUCUUUGGCGGUGUCUUGCUCAUCCUCAUGCGUUGGGCGUUCUUGGGCUUCAUGGUCGAGUUAUACGGUAUAAGCAUCUUGUUUGGGGACUUUUUGGGCACCGCCCUCAACUUCGCAAGGAAUAUACCAGGUAUUGGUCCCUACAUUGGGCUUGCGGUUGAUCGAAGUGGCAUUGCGACUAGGGGUGCAGAGCUGCCUGUUUGAAGAACGAGGCGAACCGUGUACAGGUGGCCCUUGUGCGUUAAUGGCUAUGUGCGAGUACGAAGAAAUGUCAGAGAAAGUAAUGUGAGGAGUUGGUUGUAUAAUAUGCGGAGUUUCAAAAGCCCACACAGUGGCUGGCGUUUUGGGUUAUAGACGGACCGCACGCUUCUCUUCCAAGUCGAGCU